GGCCGUCAGCAGCAUCUACUAGCUAGUAGGAUGGAGACCACACCCUUAAAUUCCCAGAAGGAGCUAUCAGCAUAUAAGGAUGGAGAAGAUUGUCAAGGAAACGGUGUUCUACAGAAGAGUGUCCCUGCCCCUGGGGAUAAGGCGGAGUCCGGCCAAAUCUCGAAUGGGUACUCCGCAGUUCCAAGCCCCGGUGCAGAAGACACUGAGCAUUCCAUCCCGGCUGCCACCACCUCCCUAGUGGCUGAGGUUCAUCCAGGGGAACGGGAGACCUGGGGCAAGAAGGUGGAUUUCCUCCUCUCCGUCAUUGGCUACGCUGUGGACCUGGGCAAUGUCUGGCGCUUUCCCUACAUCUGUUACCAGAAUGGAGGGGGGGCAUUCCUCCUCCCCUACACUAUCAUGGCCGUCUUCGGGGGGAUCCCACUCUUCUACAUGGAGCUCGCGCUGGGCCAGUACCACCGAAAUGGAUGCAUUUCGAUAUGGAGGAAAAUCUGCCCGAUUUUCAAAGGGAUCGGUUACGCCAUCUGCAUCAUUGCCUUUUACAUCGCCUCCUACUACAACACCAUCAUGGCCUGGGCGCUCUACUACCUCAUCUCCUCUUUUGCGGCCCAGCUGCCCUGGACCAGCUGUAAGAACUCCUGGAACACUGGCAACUGCACCAACUACUUCUCCGAGGACAACAUCACCUGGACGCUCCACUCAGCAUCCCCUGCAGAAGAAUUUUAUACGCGCCACGUCCUGCAGAUUCACCGGUCAAAGGGGCUCCAGGACCUGGGGGGCAUCAGCUGGCAGCUUGCCCUCUGCAUCAUGCUGAUCUUCACUAUUAUCUACUUUAGCAUCUGGAAAGGUGUCAAAACAUCUGGCAAGGUGGUUUGGGUAACAGCCACCUUCCCUUACAUCAUCCUUUUGAUCCUGCUGGUGAGGGGGGCCACCCUCCCCGGAGCCUGGAGGGGAGUUCUCUUCUAUUUGAAACCCAACUGGCAGAAACUCCUGGAGACAGGGGUGUGGGUGGAUGCGGCCGCCCAGAUCUUCUUCUCUCUCGGUCCUGGCUUUGGGGUCCUGCUGGCUUUUGCGAGCUACAACAAAUUCAACAACAACUGUUACCAAGACGCCUUGGUGACCAGUGUGGUGAACUGCAUGACGAGCUUCGUUUCAGGAUUUGUCAUCUUCACAGUGCUGGGGUAUAUGGCUGAGAUGAGGAACGAAGAUGUGUCUGAGGUGGCCAAAGAUGCAGGCCCCAGCCUGCUCUUCAUCACAUAUGCGGAAGCCAUAGCCAACAUGCCGGCAUCCACGUUCUUUGCCAUCAUCUUCUUCCUGAUGUUAAUCACGCUGGGCUUGGACAGCACAUUUGCAGGUUUGGAGGGGGUGAUCACAGCUGUGCUGGAUGAAUUUCCACACAUCUGGUCCAAGCGCCGGGAGUGGUUUGUGCUCAGCGUGGUCAUUACCUGCUUCUUUGGCUCCCUGAUCACCCUGACUUUUGGAGGGGCCUACGUGGUGAAGCUGCUGGAGGAGUUUGCCACGGGACCUGCAGUGCUCACUGUUGCCCUGAUAGAAGCAAUUGCUGUGUAUUGGUUCUAUGGCAUCAAUCAGUUCUGCAGUGAUGUGAAGGAAAUGCUUGGCUUCAGCCCUGGAUGGUUUUGGAGGAUCUGCUGGGUAGCCAUCAGCCCUCUGUUUCUCCUGUUCAUCAUUUGCAGUUUUUUGAUGAGCCCACCACAGCUACGACUUUUUCAGUAUAAUUAUCCUCAGUGGAGUAUCAUCCUGGGUUACUGCAUAGGAACCUCGUCUUUCAUCUGCAUCCCGAUGUAUAUAACUUAUCGGCUGAUCAUCACUCCAGGGGCACUUAAGGAGCGUCUUAUUAAAGGUAUCACUCCAGAAACACAGACAGAAAUUCCCUGUGGGGAUAUCCACUUGAACGCUGUGUAAAACAUCAAGGAAAGGAAAAUGGCUUCCCAACAAGCUCUUCCUCCAGUUCUGACAAGUCACACCUCGCCUUCUCCCUCUAAGUCAAUGAGUUGCCAGCUAAGCCUGCCGACGGAAGGGCCUUCUUUAUAGAGACACAGUCCCAGAAGACUAUGGUGCCCAGACUUUUACGGCCUCCAGCCACUUCUUUCUGUGAAACCUCCCAGACAUGUUAUCAUGUUAGACUCUGUGAUGCAGCUGAAGUGGACUGCUUUGGAUGUGUGACGGUGUGUAUGGAGGUGAUGAAAACCACAAUAUCGUCAGCUAGGAUUAGGUUUAGGAUCAAGUCUGUGCAAGUCUCCUGUAUCAUUCCUUGUUACAAUCAUCAGUAUCUAACAUCGUUUGCUUCCAAAGCUUUCACUGUUCAUGAAUGCAUAAACCAUUUAGGAGAAAACAGGGAUACUGUCUUGCUAGCCAUAUAUUUCCUGAGUAGCAUAGAAUUCUAUAGCUGGAAUCUACUAGAACCCUGUAACCUGUGUGCUGCUCUGGAGUCAGGAGAGGAAGAUGUAAGAAGCUAAGCUGAAAAAUAAUGUGUACGUGUGAGCAUGUGUGUCUGUGUAUACUGUUGUUCCAGUGUAUCCCUAUCUCUAUUCUAAUACUUUGGGCCCGUUACAAACUAUAUGAAUUUCCUCUAGUUUUUCUUACAUUAACAAAUUCCACCUACU